AUGGCCAUCGCUCACCUGGCCCUGAUUCACCUGCUGAUGCUCAUAAUCAGGGCGCACCUGGACCUAGGGAUUUGGGGAGUUCAGGACUUUUGGAACGACAUCACAUGUAAAACCGUCAUCUACCUGUACAGGCUGAUGAGGAGCCUGUCGGUCAGCACCACCUGCCUGCUGAGUGUCCUGCAGGCCACCACCCUCAACCCCAGAAGCUCCUUUCUGGCCAAGUCCAAGCACACAUCCCACAGUGCAGUGCAUGGACCUUGCUCACUCUCUGGGUGUUCAACAUGUUCUUCAAUGUUCGCAUCUUGGCCUCCAUGGAAGGCCCCCUCCAAUGACACAGCAACUUUCUGGUUUGUCUCUGAGUCCUGCAAUGUUGCCCCCACAGGUAACCACUUCAGGAUCUUCUUCUCCCUGAUGGGAAUACUCCAGGACAUCUUCCUCAUGGGGCUCAGGGCCCUCUCCAGUGGGUACAUGGUGGCUCUCCUGUGCAGGCAUAAGUGUCAGUGCCAGCACCUCCACAGCACCAGCCUGUCCCCAAGAGCUUCCCCAGAACUGAGGGCCACCAGGACCAUCCUGCUGCUCAAGAGACUCUUUGUGCUCAUGUACUUUGUGUACUGUGUGUUCUCCUCCUCUUCGGGACAGAUGCACAAGGACGAUCCCACUCGCCUGGGGGUCCAGAUGCUGGCUAGCAAUGGCUACGCCACCCACAGUGCCUUGAUACUCAUCUGUGCUGAUCAACAGACACUCAGGUUCUUCCAGUGCACAUUAGAAAAGGAGAGGAAAUAUGUAUGCCAGGCUGGGCGACCUGUCAUUUUGUCAUCCCACAUCAUUUAUUUCUAA